AUGGAUACUGUUCUACACUUAGGUGGCCUAUCUCCAACUAUACUUGGAUCAUUUUCCACACCUAAACACCAUAUUGCAUAUAACCUUCAUACUAAUGACAGAAUUUCAUCCCUCUUCUUUGAAAAAUGCCACCAGUUUCAGCGCACACAUAAACUACAUUGGGGAAAAAAAUCAAGAACCUCCAUUGUUGCUUGUUUCCCCCCUGUUCGUGAUACUCGGAGAAACAAGAAACGGUUAACCCACCCUCAAAAUACGGAUCUUCCUCCUGUAUUACCUAAGCAAAAGAAGAAACCAUUUCCAAUUCCACUAAAGAAGAUCUUAGAAACUUCAAGAGCCAACAAAAAGCUAGCAGAAAAAGGAAUAGAAAAGCUCCUUGAGCCUCCGAAGAACGGGCUUCUUGUUCCUGAUCUUGUUCCUGUUGCUUAUGAAGUUCUUGAUGCUUGGAAGAUCUUGAUCAAAGGUCUUUCACAGCUUCUCCAUGUCAUUCCUGUUCAUGCUUGCAGUGAAUGCGGGGAGGUUCACGUGGGUCCCACAGGCCAUGAAAUUCAGACUUGCCAUGGUCCAAACAGUGCAAACCGAAGAAGCUUCCAUUUAUGGGUAAAAGGGUCAAUAAAUGACAUUCUUCUCCCUAUCGAAUCAUACCAUCAAUUCGAUCCAUACGGAACCCGAAUCAAACACGAAACACGAUUCGACUACGAUAGAAUCCCGGCGAUCGUCGAGCUCUGCAUCCAAGCCGGUGUCGAAUUACCAGAAUACCCUUCACGCCGAAGAACCCAACCCAUCCGAAUGUUGGGCAAAAAAGUAAUCGACCGCGGUGGAACCAUCGAACCACCCAAAACGCCACCGCAUUCCGAGGUUUUGGAACUCGACACGCACCGUGCUCUCGAGCGAUUCCCGUGUCCGGCGGAAUCAGACGUGGUCGGAAUCGCACAUUCCACACUUAACGCGUAUGAGAAAGUGAGAUGGGGUGUGGGGAAGCUUAUGAGGAAAUACAGUGUGAAGGCGUGUGGGUAUUGCUCGGAGGUCCAUAUGGGCCCGUGGGGCCAUAACGCGAAGCUUUGCGGGGAGUUUAAGCAUCAAUGGAGAGACGGGAAACACGGGUGGCAGGAUGCCACGGUGGACGAGGUUUUCCCGCCAAAUUACGUGUGGCAUGUUCGGGAUUUGAAGGGCCCGCCGUUGAAGAGCUUGUUGAAGCGGUUUUAUGGGAAGGCUCCGGUGGUGGUUGAGAUGUGUGUGCAGGCGGGGGCGGUGGUCCCACGUAAGUACAGGCCGAUGAUGAGGCUCGAUAUCGUGGUCCCGGAUAACGAGGAGGCUCGGUUAGUUGCUUAAACAAUGACAAUAGUUGAAGUGUUAUUGUUGUUUGUGUAGAAUUGAAGUGGUUGUUUGUAGCUUUAUAUAAAACAUUACGAAAGAUCGCAUACAACAAAACUCAAAUUUGGAUAUAUGUAAAUAUGUGAUUCCCAUUUACAAUAUUAAUCGGGGAUAAAAAUGUAAAUAUAAAUCUAAAUUUUUAGGUAAGGCAACCGUUUGAGAGAGGUGAAGAGAAACUUUCCAUGUCUUCUUCUAUCGGAAUUUCAGCAAUGUCUUCAAUGGUGUUUGUUGUAUGAAUUCCUCUUUCAAUCUUGAGUGUCGUAGUUCCAUUCCAUAGUAUCAUUUCCCUUUCCAAAUGGAGACAAUAACUCUCAAAGACACGAGAGGUGACUGUGAGCUCAAAAUCUAACAUGAAAAGGAACUCCACUUCAAGUCUGUUUAACUCGGCAUUCGUCACACCCCCAACUCGAGCAUAAAAUGCGUUGUUGUAAUGUCUGUUUUCAUAAUCUUAGCAGCCACCAUUAUACUUGUAACAAGCAGUCUAUGAACAUUUAGCCGCACCACUAGCGAACCGGGAUGUCUGUGAACCAACCGGUCUAUAUAAACGUACCCCACCACGAAACAAGCCGGGCUACAGUUUGUGUACUUGUAUAUCCGGUCUAGAUACUUGGCUAUCGUGAUUGCCGGCGGUCUAACGCCGUGAAACGCCUCCAAGUUUUUCCCCAGCCGUGCAGGUGCUCCGCCGCCGCUGCUUAAACUCAAUACCUCAUCCCGGUUCACUAGUCUUUCGAGAACAACAGAUAAGAUCGACAACACUCUUGGGGUCGCCGGAUCCUGUUCGGUCUGCUCCGGCAGCCGGUUCUGGCCAUUAUCGGUGACGGAGAUGGCUA